CGCAAAGAGGCAGGGGGCUUUCAUUCGCUCUUCGCUUCUCGCCUGCGGGCUGUUGAUACUGCUCAGUGCGCCCUUUACCUUCUUUCCCCCCUCCUGCCUUCUAAUCAACAAUGGCGUUUAGUCAACUUUCUACGUCCUAUGCGACUUAGGAAACUUUGGGGGGGGCACGAAUUCUUUUCAGGCUUUCCAGCGACUUCCUCGAGAGUCACAAGCUUGUCAAAAGAAGCCACCCUUACAAAGGAAAAGAAGCUUUAGAAUCCAUUUGUCCCAAAAAUGCCUUUGUUGCUUGCUGCUGCCAGACAAACUUCGCAGUUCAAAUGACGCAGAGCUAGUUCCCCAGUGUACGCACUUCACGGAGAUUUGGAUUUCCGAUCCUCUAAGGAAGUUUUGAAAAGAAAAAGAGGAGAAAACAUCCAACAAAGCAGGGUUUGGUAGGGAAGGAGGUGCCCAUCCCCUGUUAUUCACCAGAUGAAAAAGGACAGGAAUGUUGCACUUCUGAUAAGCGUGGCGAAGAGGGCAUUCCACCGGGUGCUACUCAUCGUGCAGGGAUGAAAGCUGCAGGGAUUCUACGAUGGCGGUGGCGGCAGCAGCAGGCAAAGGGAAAGGGAGGUGAACUUGCAGCAGUGCUGGGCUCAAGGCUGGGGGCAGCGGGGAGAUAAUACAGAAAUACAAGAACCCCAAUAAGGACAUUUUAAGAAUCCUUAUACACUAUGGCAGAAACAAAAGGUUCAGGCACCAACAAUUUCCUCUGUAUUUAUAUUUUUACAAUAAUCUUCUGGAACAAUAUUUAUGUCUCUGCAGAAAAUGGAUUUAUAGCAGACUACUCACAGAGCGGCUUAGAUACUAUUCCUAAGAAACUUCCAGCUCAUACGACAGUGUUGGAUUUGUCACAUAACAAUAUCUCUGAAAUACAGAUUUCUGAUUUUAGUUAUCUUAACAAACUGCAGGUACUAAUUCUUUCUCAUAACCUCAUUGGAAAGCUUGACUUCAGCGUUUUCCAAUACAAUGAAGACUUAGAACAUUUAGAUCUAUCUCACAACAACUUGCAGACUCUUUCCUGUUACCCUAUUACAAGUCUCAAGCACCUAGAUCUCUCUUACAAUAACUAUGCAGCAAUGCCCACAUGCCUGGAGUUUGGCAAUAUGCUGAAGUUGGAAUAUCUUGGCCUCAGUGUUAGAAGAAUACAUAAAUCAGAUUUCAGUGUUUUUUCUCUUUUACAACUGAAUACUUUGUUCUUGGACUUAGAAGACCUUUCUGAAAGUAUCUCUGGAAAUCUUCCAGUGUUCAUCACAAAGAGCCUUCAGAUUGCACUACCUAAAAAUUCAGAAUUCUCCAUUGUCUUGUACCUGGAAGUCAAUGUUACAGAAAGCAUAGAACUUUCAAAUAUCCAAGGUAAGCAAGUCAAUGACUUGAUAAUGUUCUUGUCACAACUCAACAAAAGUGGAAGAUUGCUAAACUUAACACUGAAUAAUCUACAACUGUCCUGGCAAAACCUCAUUGACAUCAUUCAGAAUGUGUGGGAAUCCACCAUUGAAUAUUUCAGCAUCUACCAUGUGACCAUUAUGGAAUUAGAAAUCAUUCUUCGAUCUCUCAGUUAUACUGAUACCUCACUAAAAGCAUUGACCAUUGAAAAUGCUGUUGCAGGUUCGUCAUCGUUUAGCCAGGACAAGGUGUAUAGGACAUUUUCAGACAUGAAUAUUGCAGCCUUGUCAAUUUCUCAUUCAGGUAUAACUCACAUGGUUUGCCCUUCAAUACCCAGUAGUUUUACCUACUUGUGUUUUUCAAAUAAUACAUUGACUGAUAUAAUUUUUAAAGAUUGUAAUAACUUAAACCUCUUAGAAACACUCAUUUUACAAAGGAAUCGUCUUAGCCGACUUACCACAGUAAGUUUAAUGACAACUCUCAUGAAGUCUCUGAAAUAUUUGGACUUGAGUCAGAAUUUGUUGCAAUAUGAAGACUAUGAGAACAAAUGCAAUUGGGGUGAAAAUUUGGUUACAUUAAAUUUGUCAUCUAACGUGUUGUCCGAGUCAGUCUUUAGAUGUCUGCCAGUCAAUAUUCAAAUGCUUGAUCUUCAAAACAACCAAAUUUCAAGCAUUCCUAAAGAAAUUAUUGAGCUGAAUGCUUUAGAAGAAAUAAAUUUGGCAUCCAAUGAACUAGCUGAUCUGCCUGGAUGUGGUCAGUUUAGAAGUCUGAGAUUAUUGAAUAUAGAAAUGAACUCAGUUGUCUCACCAUCUUCUGAAUUCUACCAGACUUGUCAAGGCAUCAAAGAGCUAAAAGCAGGACACAACCCAUUUGCAUGCACCUGUGAAUUAAGACAAUUCAUUAAUCUUGGAAAACAAGGACCUAUGGAGUUGGUUGAUUGGCCUGACUCUUAUGUGUGUGAAUAUCCAGACUACUUAAGGGAAACAUCUUUAAAGGAUUUUCACAUCUCUGAAGUUGUUUGUAACACAAGUCUUUUGGUUACUGUAGUUCUAAUUAGUGCACUGGUCUUCAUGGGUGUUGUUUCCUUCCUCUGCAUCCGUUUUGACAUUCCAUGGUAUUUGAAGAUGCUGUGGCAGUGGACUAAAGUAAAACACCGGACUCGGAAUAAUAAGCCUGAAGACAUGCUCAGCAAUAUACAAUUCCAUGCUUUUAUCUCCUAUAGUGAACGUGAUUCCGACUGGGUGAAAAAUGUCCUGAUUCCAAACUUGGAGAAGGACAGGUCCGUACGGAUCUGUCAACACGAGAGGAAUUUUGUUGCGGGCAAGAGCAUUGUUGAGAAUAUCAUAGACUGCAUUGAAAAGAGUUACAAGUCAAUCUUUGUGUUGUCUCCCAAUUUUGUGCAGAGCGAAUGGUGUCAUUAUGAGCUCUACUUUGCCCAUCACAAGUUAUUAAGUGAAAACAGCAACAGUUUGAUCCUCAUUUUGUUAGACUCCAUUCCUGCAUACAUCAUUCCUGCCAGGUACCAUAAGCUAAAAGCUCUCAUGGCCAAGAGAACUUACUUGGAGUGGCCAAAGGAGAGAAGCAAGCAUGGACUUUUCUGGAUUAAUCUGAGGGCAGCCAUUCAGAUUAAACUUCCAAUCAGUGAAGAAGUGAUAUAGAUAAAAAGUCAAGUUUUCAGUGAGCUCAAUUUAUAUUCAAAUAAUUAGAUAAAGAUUUAAUUAUGUCAGUAACAUACAAGUAGUAUGGCUGAAUAUCGUAUAAUGUAUUACAAGACUUUCAAUGGAAAUUGCUCACAAUGAUUAAAGGUCUUACAUGAAUUCAGGAAAUGUUUGAAGAAGCUGAAAGCUGUGUAAGCUAACUGGAAAACAAAUUAUUCAUGUUACAUAAGAACAUAUGAAGGGCCUGUUUGAACAGGCCAGUGGCUCAUGUAGUCCAGCAUGCAUUUCUCAAAUACCCAUGGGAAGGCCGCAAGCAGGACCUGAGUGCAAGAGCAACUGCUAUUUGGAAGCAUACUGCCUCCGACUGUGGAGGCAGAGCAUAGCAUAGCAGAGCCAUUAUGGCUAUCCUUAUGGUUAUCUUCCAUGAAUUUGUCUAAUCUUCUUUUAAAUCCAUCCAAGUUGGUGGCCAUCACUUCCUCUUGUGGAAAUGAAUUCCAUAGUUUAACCAUA